ACAGCCACAAUCUGUGGGAUUCUACUUAUUUUCUUGGUCAAUCAAAUUAAUUGUGACUCAAUGUGCAGGAUACAAAGUGAAUAUAUUGAGGACAAUUACAAUAAAGGAAGUUUGUGGGCACGAAAGCUUAGAGACUCUUGGGGAAAGUUCCCAUCUGGAAUAUUUUCUGGAAAUUAUUUUGACUUUGGACAUUAUGAUCAAUGCAUUGAUUUUAAACAUUUUUCUGAGGAUGUUGGAAAAAUUCAAGGACAAUAUUGCCUGAUUAAGUUUCCGUAUCAACAAAAAAUGAGAAAUGAUGUGUCUUAUGUUCCUAGAUUUGCAGUGGAUCCACAUUCUUCCGAAGUUAACAUCGGAAUUGGAAUUUGUUUCCCUCAAGCAUGCAAUCAUGAAGACAUAAAAGACGUUGGAAACUCAACCUUAAUGACAUUAAUGAAUAUAUCCUUGCCUUCCUCAUAUCAACCUGAAUUGUUUUGCAGUGCUAAACGUGACAGCUUCAAGUUCAAUGCUCUACAGAUGAGCGUACUUGCCAUAUUCUGCGUAAUUGUGAUCUUGAUUAUUUUAAGUACAUUAUAUGAAGUUACACGCAACAUUCUUAGUCAUCCUAUAAAUCACCUUUUUGCUUCCUUUUCAUUGUACUCAAACUCGAAGAUCAUGAUGACAAUGAAGCCUUUCUCAUCCAAAGAAAUGAUGUUCCUGCAUGGAAUUCGUGCAAUAACUAUAAUUUGGAUCCUCUUCGGUCACACACAUCUGACUUACUAUAACCUUCCAGCUAUCAAUUCACUGUACUUUUUUGAAUGGAUUAGAAAGAUUCCAGCUGCAAUUAUCUUGACUGGAACUAUGGGUGUUGACACUUUCUUCUUUAUGUCAUCAUUGCUGCUUACUAUGAGUGUAUUUAGGGAAUUGGAUAGAACAAAACGCAUUAAUCUCCUUCUCUUAUACCUAAAACGUUACAUCCGCAUCACUGUUCCAUUGGCAGUUAUGAUAGCCUUUACAGUAACCUUCUACUUCCACUUGUCUGAUGGACCAUUAUGGAAUAUGCUCAUAAACAAGCUUGCAACUGAUUAUUGUGAAAAAUGGUGGUGGUCGACACUGCUUUAUGUUGGAAACUUUGCGAAUCCCAAGCAGCUUUGCUUUGGACAUAGUUGGUAUUUGCUGGUAGACAUGCAGUUGUACUUCUUGUCACCAAUAAUUCUGUAUCCUUUAUGGAAAUUCAAGAAGCACUAUAAAGUCAUGAUUCCAAUGAUAUUUUUCAUAACAAGCUUAGGCAUGAUUUAUGUCUAUUUGGUUAUGUAUCUGAAAGAAUUUCGAGUAGCAGGAAAAUUAUAUGGAAAAUUCUAUUCAUGCUGAUGCCACUUACAAUGCAUUCCGUAGAGUCUGUUGGUGCUUAUCAAUCUCAUGGAUUGUCAUAGCUUGUCAUCAGAACUGUGCUGGAUUUGUAAAGAAGUUCUUAUCAUUAUCAAUUUGGCUUCCAAUCAGCAAACUGUCUUAUUGCAUUUAUUUACUUCAUCUUCCAAUUCAACUUGUUCUACUCAGUUCCUUACGUCAACCACAGCACUUUACUGACGUCCGAGGUGUGCACAAAUUUUUUGGUGAUUUUGGAAUAAUAUUUGCAGUAGCUUUUGUGUUUGCAUUGAUGUUUGAAUAUCCAACGUUGAGAUUAAUGAAAGUAUUUUUAGAUAGUCGGAAUGCUGUUGUUCCUAAGCCAAUAUCGCAGUCAUAGCUUUUAAAUAUCCAACCCUGUAAAAUUAAAUAUAAACCAAGACAAUAAACUUCUACAUGCAGUAUUAAAUAUGUGUGCGAAAUGGUUGAUUAAAACUUAUCAUUGUGCAAAAUACAGCCAGCUUUAAGUAUUAGAUAAGAAAGCUACUCUAAAUUAAAUGAGACGGAAUAGUAUUACACAUGUGAAGGUUAAAUUGUGAAUCAUACAGAAGACCAUCUUUUAUUAGACAAUCGCCACAAAGAUAAUGUUUUGUGCUUUUUUGAAGUGUUUUGUUGGAAUCUGGCUACUCUUUGUCAAUACUAAGGAUCUUACAAUAUUUAGCGCUUAAGAAUGUAUGGGCAAGAAUUUUGCAUAUGGAAUGUCGUGAACAUAGUUUAGCUCCUCAUCAUGUCAACAGCACUUAAUGAAAUAAUUCAGAGUUUGGCCUCUGGUAGGAAUCGAACCUACGUGUUAAUAACAAAAAAGGGAUGUUGUUUUGUGCAAUCAAUCGACUUACUCUGGCACUGACUGUUUCACCUUCAUAUGAAUAUACUGAAGGGGAUUUAACACACCCCCCCCCCCUCCCCUCGCCAUUUAAAAAAAUUGUUCAAUUUCAAUGCACUCUACAUGACCCCGGAAAUCCCUGAAUACGUUCCUGCGUCACUAAAUAUAAAGCGAACUUAAAAACACAAUUUGAUAACUUUUAGUGCGUAUUAUCGCU